UUGUGAAGGCAGACAUGGAGGAGCUGAGCGCCGUGGGAGAGCAGGUUUUUGAUGCGGAAUGCAUUUUAAACAAACGGCUGAGAAAGGGAAAGUUGGAGUUUCUGGUGAAGUGGAGGGGGUGGUCUUCUAAACACAACAGCUGGGAGCCCCAAGAAAACAUCCUUGACCCAAGACUUUUGGCUGCAUUCAACAAAAAAGAGCAAGAAAAAGAGCUUCUAAUGCGCAAGAAAGGGAAAAGGCCGAGGGGACGACCACGGAAAAUCCUAGAAAAUGUGCCUGAAGCUCCAAAGUCAAGCAGCUCUUCAUCUGGCUCGUCAUCAGCGUCCUCCGAUUCCUCCUCCUCGUGCUCCUCCUCUUCAUCCUCGUCAGACGACGAUGAUGAUGACGAUGACGACGACAACGGCCACGCUAAAAAGGCAUCCCCGGGUGUCAGAACGCGAGACCUUCACCCUGUCCCUCAGAAGAAGGCACAGAUUGUUGUCGCAAAACAGGAGCCCCCAAAGAAGCGAAGCAGGAAACCUCAGUCCACUGAAGCCAAGGAAUUUCCACAGAACAAGGGCCCUCGCAAAAUCCUUAAGUCAUCCAAAGAUACUGAUCUUCCGGGGGCGAUCAAGAAACCCGUUCACCCAGCGAGCUUCACCUUCAUGGGUUUCCCUCGGGGCUUGCCUCGGGAUACAUUGGGUGGUCAGAACAGGAGCCCUCUGACCCAGGGCGGGGCUGUUAAAAACUCUGUGAGCACCGUGGGAUCCUGCAGGUCGGUCCAGCCUGCCUCCCCCUCCCUGAACAAAUCCAGCCAGAGCAGGAAUGUUGCUGAGGGUAAACUGUCCAUCUCCAGUAUGAGCAGCGGGACAAGUCUGGAUUUGAAAGCAGCUACUGGUAAAUCAAAAGGGGUAGCGGCGUUGAAUCUGAAUGCAUCCAAACACCUCGUUCAAGGAAGCACUCAGCAUACACUAAGCUCCCCCAAUGGACAAAAGAAACCCCAGGCCCCCGUGUCAACAAUGCAGCGGAUACCCAUUACUAAAGCAGUGGCUUCCUUACCAUCGAAAAAUGCCUCCUCCAAUCAAGGUUCUGGCCCUCAGCCACUCAACCUUCAGAACAAACUGGUGCAAAGCAACGAUGCUCCUGGAAAUGGCACUACUCCAACGUCAGGCCUGAGAAAUGCAACAAACCCAGCAAGGAAAACCACCGUCUCCCAGAAUCAGGAAUACAAUUCGCCUAAGAGUCCAGCAACCCCUGGAAGACUUCAGGCCAGAAAGAGCCAGCCUGGAGCAGACAAGGCCAGGGAGGCGACCGAAAUCCAGACCCCCAGAGUCCAAGGCAGGCUGGACAAGAGCAGUGUGCAGAAAUCCUCCACCGAGGUCCAGAGCCAGCAAGAGAGAUCGGCCUCCAAAGACAAGAAAGCCAAAAUGAAUGACAUGAGCACAGGCGAAGAGGAGAGCAGCUCCGACUCGGACCAGGAUCCUUCCUACGUUGGACAGGAUCGCUCUGUGGCGGUCCAGAACCAGGACUGGAAGCCCACACGUAGUAAGUUAGAACAUGUGUUUGUAACGGAUGUCACUGCUAAUCUAGUUACUGUCACAGUCAAGGAGUCGCCGACCAGUGUGGGCUUCUUCAGCAUUCGCAACUACUGACAGGACUCCAGACACUGCAAACCAGAUGGGCUUUGAAGCAA